CGAAUAAAACAUAUUUCUGCGAAUUCUUUAAUUGGCUUAAAAGUUCUGAAUAUUAAAUAUUUUAUAAUCAAUUUUUCAAACCAAAUUAAUUAAAUUUCUUCGAAGAGAAAUUACAGAUUGCUUCAGACAUCCUAAUUCAUAUAUGUAUUUUUUCGCAACACCCUAUAUAAGUAGAUGGCGUAGCUCUGCAUUCAUGCGUGAUGCACAGUGAUGUGCUUAUAUAUGUAUGUAUAUAUUUACAGCACAGCUGUUGAUAGCUGUGUAAGUGUACACAAGAAAUUCGCAUCGACUACUUCGUUUGACAUCACUGACUGAAUCUUUCUUUGUUGAGUCCUCGCGUUAUUUUCGAGCAGAUCGAAUGAGAAUAUUCAGAUUUGCACGAGGCGAGGAAAAAUGGAUGAUGAAAACGCAGAUUGUGCGUACAGCGAGGAAGAUGCACAAGUGUCAUUGUUGGAUCUCCCAGUCGAGAUAUUCCUGCAUAUAUGCUCCUUCUUAAAGGCAUCGACGUUAGUGCACAGUUUGAGCCUAGUAUGCAAACAGUUCUAUUUGAUUUUAAAGGAUGACUCGUUAUGGAAAGCGCGUAUUAAUCGUAUGUGGCCAGAUGCUAGCUACCCGCUUUUGCGUCCUGCGAAGCCUGACAAACUGUUUUGGAAACUGUCAUGCGUUGCGAUUGAAAAGCAAAGAACUAUAUGGGGAUUGAAAGAAUGUUCUAUGAAGAAGAUAAAUUCACAUGGAUGUGGUAGCACAGUAGAUGCUCUACUACUGAUGCAUGAUGGCACUGCUUAUAUUGCUGGUGCGAGAGAUCGUUCUCUGAUUUACUGUAAUUUUCGUGAAGGUUGGAAAUACAGAGUUACUGACAUGGGCUCUGCGCAUAAUGGAUGGAUUUGGGAUGUGACAACAAUAGAUAACACUAUUUAUAGUUGUAGUUGGGAUCAAACUGUGAAAUCAUGGAUGCUUACCGACACUAAUUUUGUGCAUCAGAAAACUUACAAGAUGAAUGCAGGUGCGCUGCUGUGUAUGUCGUCGUGUCCAGAACAGGCUCUUUUCGCGACUGGUUCGUAUUUGAGGACCGUGUUUAUUUUCGAUUCGAGAUCGGGAGAUAAACCAAUCAAGCAAUACCGACCGCACGGAGGAGCUGUUAUUAAACUGGCAAUGAAUUCAGAAUACAUUUUAUCUGCCAGUGAGGAUAAGACGGUGUCUGUUUAUGAUCAGAGAGCCGGACAAAUCAUGAAAUUUAUCACAAUUCCAGGCGAAGCAUUUCCCAUGUGCAUGAACAUGCAACGAGAUUGUGUAUGCAUUGGAGACAGCAUUGCCAAACUACAUGUAUUAAAUCCGAAAAAGGAUUUCGAAUUAGUGAAUUCUUACUCUACUGGACAUACGAAAGGGAUAACGGGAGUGCAUCUAACGCGCGGAAAUCUAAUAACUAGUUCUACAGAUGGUAGUGUCAAAAUCUGGAGUCCUACGGAUCCACCAAAACUUAUGACUACUUUACGUUCAUCUUUUGGAGAAAUUGCAAGAAUGGAUUACCAAAAUGGUGUUCUCGCGAUAUCCGGCAGCGAAAUCGCAGUAUAUAUGAAUCGAUGUGUUCAAUAAAACAUUAAUUAAUGGAGAA